ACGUAUGCAAUGACGCAAAUUUCGCGCCCUCACUUCUGCAAUCCUGAGUGAGAGAAAAAACAGCAAAGAAGUAAAGUCCGCGCGGGUUUUCCUCGCACGUUUGUCUUUGAUUCCGCGGGUUUAGUGUCCGGGUAACGAUGCCUUCCACGCAGGACUGGAUUAAUUCGCCUCUGGGUGUUGUUGAAGAGAAGUUUGCGGCUGCGCAGGACAGUCCCUCCCCCGGAUGGGAGAAGGCGGUGGUGGAGUUUUUUAAAGAGCAGCUGAAAGAGAAGAGCGCUCAGAGUUUGGUUCCGUCUCUGAACGACGUUCCUCUGCAUUACCUGAAGCCCAACAGUUUGGUGAAGUUCCGCUGCUUCAUUCAAGACAUGUUUGAUCCGGAGUUCUACAUGGGAGCUUACGAGGCUGUAGACGGAGCCACACAUUCUAAAAUGCUGCGCUGUGGGAAGUACAGGGAUGUGACAGAAUGUGGGGUGGACUUUAACUCCAAGAACAACGUGACAGCAGAGAGGCAGACCUUCUACUGUGUGCCCAUUCCUGGAGAGAACUCCUGGGUGAAGGACGGAUAUGCAGACAGCAGCCAGGCACGUGUGGUGGCGUCCACCUCCUAUGCGCCGAGCAGGCAGAAGCGAAGCUACGAGGAGGACGACGACAUGGACACGCAGCCUCAGAAACAACCGCACGCUGGUCUUCAGGGUCCAACAGAGAUGCAGAGCAACGGCGACUGUAAGCGCCAAGAGACAGAAGCUCCUCCCACCCAGGCAGCGCCCGCAUCCCACCUCGACCUCAAUUUCCCCCUGCCAGGAGAGAGAGGCCCCGCCUGCCUGGUGAAGGUGUACGAAGACUGGGAGAGCUUCAAGCUGAACGACACUCUGGAGGUUUUUGGGAUCCUGUCAGUCAGUCCGGCUCUCAGCGCCCUGGCUGAGGAGAAGGACGCCUCCUCCUCCUUCCUGGACCCCGCAGAGGGCAUGGAGACGGCAGAGGAGCAGCGCGUGCACAGCCCGCCGGCCUCACUCGUUCCACGCCUUCACGUGCUCCACGUCAAACCUCUGCAACACAACAACCCGCUGCUCCCGCAUGCAAUCUCAGAUGACAACGGCGCCUUUUUGUCGUCGACGCUGGCUGAGAUGCCUUCAGUGCGGGCGGAGCUCCUGGCGUACUUCACCCACGUCCUCCUGGGAGACGGCCUGGCCGCCGAGUUCCUCCUCCUGCACCUCAUCUCCUCCGUAUACUCCAGACGGGACGUUCUUCCUCUGGGGAAGUUCGCGCUGAACCUAUGUGGCUGUCCCGCCGCCUCGUACACCGAGCGCCUCUACCAGAUCCUCCAGCAGCUCGUGCCUUGUUCCUGGUACCUGGCCAUGAGCCUCCAGAACAUGAACCAGACCCGGCUCAGACCCAGGAAGGACUACACUGCCAACCGUUUGGUGAGCGGAUCCCUGCAGCUGGCUCAGAACACCUCCCUCUUCCUGGAUGAGACCCAGCUGGAGCCGGGUCAGCUGGACACCACCGGUGUGCAUAACGUGACGGCGCUGGGGAACGUGAUCUCCUGGCAGAAAGUUGAUUAUGACUUUAACUACCAUCAGAUGGAAUUCCCCUGCAAUAUUAACGUGCUGAUCGCGUCAGAGGGCCGAUCGCUGCUGCCGUCGGACUGUCAGAUCCACCUGGAGUCUCAGGUCGCUCCUGCUCACUUAGAGGAAUACCUGAGCGGCAUCCAGGUGCUCCCGCAGACCUCAUCCCAGCUGAACAGGUUCAGGAUCUACCUGAGCGUGGCCCGCCUGCUGGACUACAGCAUCUCUGACCAAGUGACCAAGUAUGUUGAAGACGACUUUGUGGAGAUGAGGAAGGACGACCCUCAGAGCGUUUCUGCUGAGGACCUCCACAGGAUGCUGGUCACAGCGAGGCUGCUGUGUCUGAGCCUGGGACAGAACCAUCUGUCCAGAGACGGCUGGCUGAGGGCCAAACGCAUGGAGAUGCUGCGGAGGAGUCGGAUGGAGCAGCACCAGAGCGUCAACGGCAACGAGCCCUGAUCUCCUGUCGACACCGCUGUGCUAAACCCGUUUCUGAUGUGCCAUUUAGUUCAGGUGUUUUGAUGGAAAUGUUGGCGAGCUGUUUGUACAGGUAAAUAUAGGGUUCUUUCACAAAUUCCUGUUUUGUUAAUCAGCUCUCAAGCACCAUGUGGACCAAAUUAGCCGUUUUAUUUCUGAGUUGUAAAUACUGUGGAGCUCAGCUCCUGUCUGCUGAUGAACCUCCUGUAAAUGGAUUUCACAAUAAAAGUCAAAACAAUCCUCUGAA